AUGAACUAUAACGUUAUUAAAGCAUUAGAUCAAGAAGAAACAGGUGACCUUAUUAAAUACUUUAAUUAUACAGAUGGAAUACUUGAAGCUAAUUCAGGUGUUCAUGAUAAUAAAUGUUUAUCAAUUGAUUCAUCUGAUCCACCAUGUCCUGUACAAAAAGGAAUGUAUACAAAAUUAAAAUUAACAGAUGAAUCAAUUCAAAUUACAAAUAUAGAUAAAUCAUCUAUUACAGCAUUAGUUAAUAUUAAAAUUAAACCAAGUUCACAAUUUUGGAAUGAAUUAAAAGCACCAGGUAUUUCAAAUCCAGAAUUUGAUAAUAAAUGUGAAAGUAUAAAAAAUCAAACAGUUGUAUUCUUUGUAGGAUUAAAAUCAUCAACACAUUUAUUUGAUGCAUAUAGAGUAUAUUCAAGAAAUAAGAAAACAUCAUGUGAACAAACAGAAGCAUUAUAUGAAAAUGCAGCUAUUAGAAUGUUAAAAGCACAAGAAGAAUUAGAUUAUAAACCAGGAAUUUAUACACAAUGGGAAACAGCAUAUAAUAUGGAAGAUAAUAUAUGUGGAUGUUAUAUAUCAAUGGAAGAAUUUAUUAAAUCACCAGAUAAUACAGUUGAAAAAGAAUUUGAAGUAAUUAUUCCAAUAGAUGAUUUAUUACCAUUUGCUGCUAUGAAAAUGUUUCCUAAUGCAUUAUUUGGAAAUUUAACACUUGAAGUUAAAAUGGCAAUUCAACAAAAUUUUGUUAUUUGUCAAUGUAAACAAGAAACAAUAUUAAAUAAAAUUUCACAUAUUUCAUCAUCUUCAUAUAGUGGAUCAGAUGAAAUAAAAGAUAAUAUAACAGAAGUAAUUAAAAGUGAUAUAUAUAAUAUAAUUAAAAGAAAUGGAGAAUAUCAUGCAUUUACACAAAUAGGUGAUUCAUUUAAUGUUCAUUCAUUUACUGGUGCAUUACGUGAAUCACAAAAUAUUAUUGUUGGAAAAGAUACAACAGUAAGUUUUAUGAUAACAGAUGGAAGUUUAAAAUAUUGUAGAACAAAUAUUAAUGGAUUUAAUAUUAAAGAUAGUAUAUUAAAUGAAUUAAUAGAAAAAUAUCAAACAAAAGAAUUAAUUAUUCCUUCUCAAUAUGUUGAUUAUCAAGCAUUUUCACAAAAACCAAUGACUAAUGGUUAA